AAGGACAUAAACAAAACAAACCCGAGGCAGCAUGGAGAGGGGCCGCGGCCCCUGCAGCGGAACCGGACACAGCCCCUAAGCCGCCCCCACACCCACAGAAUCGCACAGACCUAUUAAAAAAAGAAAAACAGUGAUUUAAGCAGUUGAAUUGAAGGCAUUCUGGGAAAACCUGCUGUUUAUUGUGAAAAUCAUCGUUGAUCUUGGAAUUAAAAGUAAAGCUGGAAAGGAAUUUACAAACAAGAAAAAAAAGAAGUUUUGAAUCGGACUCACAGGAUCUGGGCUUGGAAAUGCCUCAGCCUAGUGUAAGCGGAAUGGAUCCGCCUUUUGGGGAUGCCUUUCGAAGCCACACCUUUUCGGAACAGACUCUGAUGAGCACAGAUCUCUUAGCAAACAGUUCAGAUCCAGAUUUCAUGUACGAACUGGAUAGAGAAAUGAACUACCAACAGAAUCCUAGAGACAACUUCCUUUCUUUGGAGGACUGCAAAGACAUUGAAAAUCUGGAGUCUUUCACAGAUGUCCUGGAUAAUGAGGGUGCCUUAACCUCAAACUGGGAACAGUGGGAUACAUACUGUGAAGACUUAACAAAGUACACCAAACUAACCAGCUGUGACAUCUGGGGAACAAAAGAAGUGGAUUACUUGGGGCUUGAUGACUUUUCUAGCCCUUACCAAGAUGAAGAGGUCAUAAGUAAAACUCCAACUUUGGCCCAGCUUAAUAGUGAGGACUCUCAGUCUGUUUCUGAUUCCCUUUAUUACCCUGAUUCACUUUUCAGUAUCAAACAAAAUCCCUUGCCCUCUCCAUUUCCUGGGAAAAAGAUCACAAGCAGAGCCGCUGCCCCUGUGUGUUCUUCUAAGACUCUUCAGGCUGAGGUCCCUUUGUCAGACUGUGUCCAAAAAGCAAGUAAACCCACUUCAAGCACACAAAUCAUGGUGAAGACCAACAUGUAUCAUAAUGAAAAAGUGAACUUUCACGUUGAAUGUAAAGACUAUGUAAAAAAAGCAAAGGUAAAGAUCAACCCAGUGCAACAGAGUCGGCCCUUGUUGAGCCAGGUUCAUGCAGAUGCAGCAAAGGAGAACACGUGCUAUUGUGGUGCAGUAGCAAAGAGACAAGAGAAAAAAGGGAUGGAGCCUCUUCAGGGUCAUGCCACUCCUGCUUUGCCUUUUAAAGAAACCCAGGAACUAUUACUCAGUCCCCUGCCCCAGGAGAGUCCCGGGUCAAUUGCAGUGGGAGAGAGUAGCAGCCUUUCUGCCAGCACAUCGGUCUCAGAUUCAUCCCAGAAAAAGGAAGAGCACAAUUAUUCCCUUUUUGUCUCUGACACCUUGGGUGAACAGCCAACCAAAUGCAGUCUUGAAGAAGAUGAGGAUGACGAGGAGGAUGUUGAUGAUGAGGACCAUGAUGAAGGGUUUGGCAGUGAGCAUGAACUAUCUGAAAACGAGGAGGAGGACGAAGAGGAGGAGGAUUAUGAAGAUGACAAGGAUGAUGAUAUUAGUGAUACUUUCUCUGAACCAGGCUAUGAAAAUGAUUCUGUAGAAGACUUGAAGGAGAUGACUUCAAUAUCUUCUCGGAAGAGAGGUAAAAGAAGGUACUUCUGGGAAUAUAGUGAACAACUUACACCAUCACAGCAAGAGAGGAUGCUGAGGCCAUCUGAAUGGAACCGAGAGACCUUGCCAAGUAAUAUGUAUCAGAAAAAUGGCUUACAUCAUGGGAAAUAUGCAGUAAAGAAGUCACGUAGAACUGAUGUAGAAGACCUGACUCCAAAUCCUAAAAAACUACUCCAGAUAGGCAAUGAACUACGGAAGCUGAAUAAGGUGAUUAGUGACUUGACUCCAGUGAGUGAGCUUCCCUUAACAGCCCGGCCACGGUCAAGGAAGGAAAAAAAUAAGCUGGCUUCCAGAGCUUGUCGGUUAAAGAAAAAAGCCCAGUAUGAAGCUAAUAAAGUGAAAUUAUGGGGCCUCAACACAGAAUAUGAUAAUUUAUUGUUUGUAAUCAACUCCAUCAAACAAGAGAUUGUAAACCGGGUACAGAAUCCAAGAGAGGAGAGAGGACCCAACAUGGGGCAGAAGCUUGAAAUCCUCAUUAAAGAUACUCUUGGUCUCCCAGUGGCUGGGCAAACCUCAGAAUUUGUUAACCAAGUAUUAGAGAAGACUGCAGAAGGCAAUCCCACUGGAGGCCUUGUAGGGCUAAGGAUACCAACAUCGAAAGUGUAAUCAGCCUCAUUGGACCACUGGUCAGAAGUGUCUGCAUUUGUCAUGUUAUCCAUUGUAAAUUUUCAUUCUGUUUUGCAUGUCAGCAUUAUGUAAACAUUUAUAAUUAGGUUACAUUGUUUUAAGAACUAAGUAGCAUAAGUGAAGCAUGAUCCAAAAUACUUGAUUACUGCAUUUUCAGAGCAUAAACCAUGGUUAAAACUGUUACUGGCAUCAGAAUUGAAACUCAAACAUUUAAGUAAAUGUUUAGGUACAGAUUGCAAAAAUAUGUUAAAGCAAAAUAUUUUGGAGGAGUGAACAUAUUAGUAAAAUGCCAAGUAUUGUGGCAGGUUUAUGCUCUGAACCACACACAAUAAUUGAGGAAGCAUUUUUUUAAACAGUCAGUUUAGAUUGUUUUUAGAAUUAUUGCUUUUUCUUCUAAUUUUCCACAACCAUUAAUCUCACUUCUACAUGGCACACCCAACACUCAUGCCUGUGUGCCAUAUUAGUUGUUCAUUUUCAGAGCUCAAUAUGAUAUAUAUAAAUAUAAAUAAAUAUAUAUAUAUAUAUAUAUAAAUGUCUGUGCAAGUAAGAAAAAAAAAGCAUAUUCUUUGUGCCUUGUAUUUUGGGGAAACUAUAAAACUGGUAAUAUUUUGUAUGAUGAAAACCCUAAUGAGGAAAAACAAGAUAUAUAGAUGGAAAAAUUAUGGGGUUUAAAUGUUUUUUGUUCCAACUCUUUUUCAAAUUUUUUGAAUGUAUAUAGGACUAUGUUGAAAUGUAGAUAUAUGCCACAGAGUCUGUGUAUUGUAUAAAAAACAAAACAAAAAAACAAACAAAAAAAAAGAUGGCUCUAGAAAACUCAUAUUUCGGUACUUGACCGGAAGAAGACAAAUACUUGCACAUUACUGCGAUUGUUUUAUUUUUUGUACCAAAGACAAAUGCAACUGAUAUGGCAAACUGCCAGUCUAAGUAAAGUUUUGCACAGCUUACAUGAUACUGUAUGAAUGUAUGAAAAAAGGAGAAAAAAAGAAAAAAUUAAAAGGUCAGGGUUAGGGAUCUUACUGAACUGUGAAUUUUAUUUCUGUUUGGGUCCAAUUAUCUACAGAAGGAGCAUCCAUACAUACAAAUAUUAUUUUGCUGUUCCUCUAGUUCGCUUCCAUAGUAGAUAAGUUGGUGGCCAUUUAGGUGUUUGUCUUUUAUUUCUGCACUUAUUGUAGGAAAUUUUAAUAUAUUUCAUUUUAGUAAGCUAUUGAUAAAAUAGUUUUUGACUUUGAAAAUUUAAAAGUUUAUUUAGCUUAUUGUAGUAUACUUCCACCAA